AUGCCCCAUACCUUAAAGAGUUUUGAGGACUCCCUCUCCGGUUUGGGUACGGCGCUCUACCAGCAAGGGCGAUACAAAGAGGCAGAAGAUUUCUUCCGCGCUGCCGUCACAGUGAGUCCAAAGAGACCUCAGGCACAUGAAAACCUGGCGCUGUCCUUGGAGCGAAGUUGGAAAGUCCAGGAGGCAGUAGCGAGCCUGCGUAUGUCCCUGAGCCUUGCACCCAAGAACGUCAAGGCCUUGAACUUCCUAGGGGAGCUCUUGACGGAAGAGACUAAUUUCCGAGAAGCGGAACAAGCUUUCAGGGACUCGCUAGCCGUCGACCCGACCCAUCCGGACACCCAUCGCCAGCUGGCAGACGCUUUGCUGAUGCGCCAAGCCUACGAGGAGGCCACGGUGCAUCUAGCCAAAGCCAUGGAAGCCGAGGACUCGCAGGGAGGUGGCAGAGAUUUCUCAGAAUUGGGCUAUGCUUUGGAAUUCACUGGCCGCGAUGCCGAGGCUGAAGCCUUGUACCGCGAGAUGUUGGUGGAGUCGUCUGACAAGUCGCAUGCGCUCUCCAGACUUGGCCGUCUCUUGAUCAGUCGUGGAAACUACAAGGAGGCGGAGGAGCUUCUUCAUAAAGCCAUUCAAAUCAAAGACGAGGAUCCGGCCGGCUACUCUCCCCGUCAGUACCGGGAUCUGGGCUCUGCGCUGUACAAACAAGGCAAGGAGGAGGAAGCUCGGGAAGUUUGGCGCAAGCUUCUCAAAAGGUUGCAGGCCGACGGCCUGUCUUUGGUGCACUUCAACACCAACUUCGCGCAGAAGGAGGACUUGUACAAGGCGAAUUUGCAGUGGGAUGUCGAGGCCUUCGAAAAACGCUGCGAGGGCUUGGAGGAGGCUUUGCAAGACAAGCUGCUUUCGAUCGUACGUGCUGUGCGUCGCAUGGAGAAUUCAUCAGACUGGCUCCUGUCCUGGGCCGAAGAGACGACCCGGAAAUUCGGGGGCGGCCGACUGAUAAGCUAUGGAGUGACCUACUUCGGGGCUUGGCGGGCGGUCAUCAGUGACCCCAUGGUCAUUGAGGCCAUGAAAAGCUCGAAAGAGCCCAUGGUGAUGUUGGUGGGAAGCGCGCUGGGCUACCAGUGCGCGUUUGCCCUCAGCCUCGGCUUCGAAAGAUGUGUUGGCUACGAUCUGCUUUGCGACAGCAUGGUCUCUCCAUCGCAGAAGCUGGUGGAGGAGGCUGGGCUGUCGGAUAGGAUUCAGUUCCACUGCGCAGAUGCACUGACCGCUCCGGAGCUCAAAGAAGCUGCACUGGUUUGGGUCAACGAUGACUGCUUCCCGCGCGACUUCUCGCGAGCGCUCACAAAGCGCAUGGCUGAAACACUUCCUUCGGGAUCCGUCUUCCUGUCCUACAAGGCAGGCGAACUGGAGGAGCCGCAUUGGCACUUGGGCUCCACUUUGACAGUAGAAGUCUCAUGGAAUGCCAAUCAGUUCCUGCACAUCUUCCGCAGGAAAUCAGCGGAUGAGGCGCAGGCUUGCGCAGCUAAGCGUGAGACGACAUAG